UUAUCUUUCUCCUUCCAAUGGGGAGAGAAAAAGAUAAACUCUGAACUAAUGCAGCCAGUUCAGCUAUAAAGAACAGACCCUUUCUGAAGGACCAACUGUACAGGAAAGGAUCUCAUUAUGAGUGACCAUAACUCUUUAGAAAAACUCUUCUCAGAGUCUAAUGACGUGUGUAAUGAUAAUAUUUUUAUGAUUGGAACCACUGUGGACACAGGUUUUGAAUGGGAAGCAAUUGACGAAUGCAAGGAAAAAUUGGGCAAAGAUGUGCAGGUGGUUAAGCAACGUGGAAGAAUCUACUUCAAUAUAGACUGGGACCAGUUUCCAAAAGUUCAGCAAAUGAGAUCGAUAGAUAACAUAUUCAUAGUAGUUGAUAUAGGAAGACUUUCUUUUACCAAUGACAAAGAAACAGAUUUAAAAUCUAUACAUAAUUAUGUAGUUUCAAACUUAGAUAAAAGAUGGAAGAAAACUCUCGAUGCAUGGAAAUAUGCAACAAGAUUCAUGGGGAAGCUUUAUCCAACAAUUGAAGAGUACACCAUAUUUAAAGAGCAAGUUUUUGUAACCAAAACAGAAGCAUUGGAGAUACAUAAUAAAGAAAAAGAAGAGCAUGAACCAUCAGAACAGGAUGUAUUGGAAAAAAAAGAAAUAGAAAAUAAAGGGAAAAAAAGAGGUCAAGAUCCUUCUGAAUCUAAGGAAAGUGAUAUACUUAGAUACAGAGUAACAUGCGAGAGGACUGGUAAACAUGUGUUUGAGUCUAAGGAUAUUGCUAGGAUUACUGGAGAAGUAGUGCAGGACAAGUAUCAUUGGGUAGUCGAUUUAACAAAGUACCAUUUAGAAGUUGUCUGCAAAUUAAUAGAUGAUUUAUUGAUAACGCAUUUACGUGUAACACACGAAUCCAAGCAUCGCAGAAAUAUUGCAAGUUUUGGGCCAACUACCCUCAGAUCAACUAUAUGUUAUAACUUGCUAAGAUUAGCAAAUCCAAAGCCAGGAGACAUAAUAAUAGAUCCUAUGUGUGGAGGAGGUUCUAUUCCUGUAGAAGCAACACUAGCUUAUCCAUGCUCGUAUGUCUUAUGUGGCGACAAUGAUUCCAGAGCUGUGGACAGAACAAAAUCUAAUAUGAAUGCCUCUACAGUUGGAUGCAAAAUAGAUCUUAUACAAUGGACUGCUUCAAAAUUACCAUUCAAGGAUUCUUUUAUUGAUAUCAUUGUCACUGAUAUGCCCUUUGGUAAAAGAAGUGGAAAUAAGUCGAACAACAAAACUCUUUACAAGCAUUUUUUGCUGGAACUCGGGCGAGUAGUAAAAUUAUCAUAUGGACGAUUGGUUUUGCUUACAUAUGAUAGAUAUAGCUUUAAAGAAGCUUUGCAGGCAGCUGGCGAUUUAUUUUGGGUGACAAAAACGGUUGGUGUAAAUGUAGGUGGUCUUCAAGCUGCAGUUUAUGUCUUGAAUCGUACACAUGUACUUCACGAUCGCUUCAAACCACGUAUCGUCAAGCAGUAUAAUCAUCCGAGAGACAACAAAAACUCAACAUAACUCACCAAAGAUUUUUCGACUAAUUUGAUAUUAGAUAUUUCAUAUAAGUAUUGUGAUAUACAUUCAUAUUUUUAUAUGAACAAAUAUAGUUUAUUUGUAUGUUUGAUA